AGGAAGGACGUGCGUUUGUGCAUUGUUGACAGCGCAUUGAUGUCAGCAAGUUAACUGAUGAAAAUGCUGAAGUUUAAGUUUGGGAUACGAAGCAGCCCAAUGGACUCGGGCUACCUAGAGCCUAUCGCUAGUAGGAGCUCUCGCCUUAACCUGUUAUUUCAGGGCAAGAAUAUAUUGCAACAACAGAAUCUGUGUCAAAUUGGUCGAGAAGGCUUGCUGGAUUCUCUAUUUGUUUUGUUUGAGGAGUGCAGUUCCCCAUCAUUAAUGAAGAUCAAAAAUGUUGCCAAUUUUGUUAGAAAGUACACAGAAACAGUCAACGAGUUACGCCAAUUGCAGCCCACUGUGAAAGACUUUGAAAUGAGAAACAUUGUGGGGCGAGGUCAUUUUGCAGAGGUUCAUGUGGUCAGAGAAAGAUCAACAGGGGAUGUUUAUGCAAUGAAAGUGAUGAACAAGAGUUCUCUGUUGUCAUUAGAUAAUGUGGCAUUUUACGAAGAGGAGCGCAAUAUUUUGGCUCGAGGCACAAGUACUUGGAUACCUCAUUUGCAGUAUGCCUUUCAAGAUAAAGAAAACCUCUAUUUGGUAAUGGAGUAUCUUCCUGGUGGAGAUCUUCUGUCAUUACUAAACCGAUAUGAUGACCAGUUUGAUGAAAACAUGGCUCAGUUUUACUUGGCUGAGCUUGUCUUGGCAAUUCACAGUGUUCAUCAGAUGGGGUUUGUACACAGAGAUAUUAAGCCAGAAAAUGUGCUGAUUGACCGGACUGGACAUAUUAAGCUUGCAGAUUAUGGCUCUGCAGCUAAAUUUGGAAUAAAUAAAAUGGUUACUGCAAAAUUACCAGUUGGUACUCCUGAUUUUAUGGCUCCAGAAGUACUGAAUUCAAUAAAUGGAGAUACUAGGACAUCGUAUGGUGUUGAAUGUGAUUGGUGGUCUCUUGGAAUUAUUGCUUAUGAAAUGGUGUAUAGAAAAUCACCUUUUACUGAAGGAACUACAGCUAAGACAAUAAAUAAUAUAAUUAAUUUCCAGAGAUUCCUGAAAUUUUCUGAUGAGCCAAAAGUCAGCACUGAGUUUAUGGAUUUGAUGCAGAGCCUUCUGUGCGGCAUUAACGAGAGACUGGCGUAUGAAGGUCUCUGCUGCCAUGCCUUCUUUGCCUCUGUGGACUGGAACAACAUUCGACAGUCUGUUCCUCCAUUUGUUCCUACGCUGCACGCCGAAGAUGACACCUCAAAUUUUGAUGAACCCCAGAAAACCACCAAGACUGUGGCUCCCCUUGGACAGAUACACAGAACAGGCUUUUUGGGGGAGGAUUUGCCCUUUGUAGGGUUUUCUUUCAACAAGGCUUUGACAACUCUCACACGAUCUGAAUCAGUGGUAACAGGCCUCGACUCUCCAGCCAAAACAAGUUCCAUGGAAAAGAGGUUGCAGCUUAAAAGCAAAGAAUUACAAGAUACACAAGACAAAUGCCACAAGAUGGAACAGGAAAUCUCCCGAUUUCAGCGCAAGCUGACUGAACUGGAGUCGGUUCUUAAAGAAAAGGAUGUUGAGCUCAAAGCCUCUGAAACUCAGCGUACGAUCCUUGAGCAAGAUUUGGCCACUUACAUCACAGAGUGCAGUAGCCUCAAGCGAAGCCUGGAGCAGGCCCGUAUGGAGGUGUCUCAAGAAGAUGACAAAGCUCUUCAGUUGCUGCAUGACAUAAGAGAGCAGAGCAAUAAACUACAGGAAAUCAAAGAACAGGAAUAUCAGGCUCAGCUUGAAGAAAUGAGAGUCGCCAUCCGCCAGCUAGAAGAAGAUCUCUCUGCUGCACGCCGGCGCAGUGAUUUGUAUGAGUCAGAGCUAAAGGAAUCACGAAUCAUGGCAGAGGAACUGAAAAGAAAGGCAGUUGACUACCAGCUGAAAAUGCAAAAGGCAAAGGAGCAGGGAAAGGCAGAAGUAGAAGAGCUUUGCUUAAAGCUGGAGAAGACAAAUACAGAACAACAAGUUAAAAUUCAAGAACUUCAGGAAAAGCUUGCAAAGGCAGUGAAAGCGAGUUCAGAGGCAACAGAGCUCCUUCAGAACAUCAGACAGGCAAAAGAACGCGUGGAGCGUGAGUUGGAGAGGCUGCAAAACCGUGAAGAUUCCAGUGACAGUUUAAAGAAAAAAUUGCGUGAAGCCGAGGAUGGGAGAAGAUCUUUGGAAAAUCAAGUAAAGAGACUAGAGAUGGUGGAGCGGCGUGAAAAUAAACUGAAAGAGGAUAUCCAGACUAAAUCUCAGCAGAUACAGCAGAUGGCAGAUAAAAUUCUGGAACUGGAGGACAGUCUUCGAGAUGCACAGGCCACAGCACAACGAGUGGAAACCCACCUAGUCCAAAAAGAGAAGCUGUAUGAAGACAAAAUUAAAGUUUUGGAGGCACAGAUGAAGGCAGAUCUUGCUGAUAAAGAAUCCUUAGAAAAUAAGCGCUCCCAACAUGAAAAAGAGGCUAGAGAAAAUUGCAGGCUAAUUAGCGAGCAAAAGGCGACAAUAAAUGCAAUGGACUCCAAGAUCAAGUCACUGGAACAGAGAAUUGCAGAGCUAUCAGAAGCAAAUAAAUUAGCAGCCAAUAGUAGUAUUUAUACACAGAAAAAUAUGAAAGCUCAAGAAGAAAUGAUAUCAGAACUAAGACAGCAAAAGUUUUACUUAGAAUCCCAAGCUGGCAAGCUGGAAGCACACAACUGCAAGUUAGAGGAGCACCUAGAGAAAAUGAGUCAGCAAGAACAAGUGAACAAAACCCGACUGCUGGAACUAGAGACACGGCUCAGGGAGAUUGGUUUGGAACACGAAGAGCAAAAGCUAGAGCUUAAACGUCAAGUUACAGAACUGCAGUUGUCUUUGCAAGAGCGGGAGGCUCAAAUCAGCAGCUUGCAAGCUGCUCGCAGUGCUUUGGAAAGCCAGCUACAGCAGGCCAAAACAGAACUCGAGGAGACCACUGCCGAGGCUGAGGAGGAGAUUACUGCACUCAGAGCACACAGGGAUGAAAUCCAACGCAAGUUUGAUGCUCUUCGAGAAAGUUGUUCAGUAAUUACUGAUUUGGAGGAGCAGUUAACGGCACUGAGCCAGGAAAAUGCAGAGUUAAACCGACAGAAUUUCUACUUGUCGAAACAACUUGAUGAGGCCACUAAUGACAGCGAAGACCGGCUCCAGCUCAGUCAUGAUGUGGACCGCCUCCGCAGAGAGGUUGCAGAUAGGGAAAUGCACCUCAACAAUCAAAAACAGAAUAUUGAGACUUUGAAAACCACUUGCACAAUGCUGGAGGAACAAGUGAUGGACCUUGAGUCACUAAAUGAUGAACUUUUGGAGAAGGAACGGCAGUGGGAGUCCUGGCGAUCAGCUCUGGAGGAUGAGAAAUCCCAAGCAGAAAGGAGAACACGGGAGAUGCAGAGACUUCUUGACAAUGAAAAACAGAACAGGCUGCGUGCUGACCAGCGUAGCAGUGAAUCCCGUCAGGCUGUGGAAUUGGCUGUCAAAGAGCACAAAGCUGAGAUCCUUGCUCUGCAACAAGCUCUCAAGGAACAGAAGCUCAAAGCAGAAUCUCUUUCAGACACGCUGAAUGAUCUUGAGAAGAAACAUGCUAUGCUAGAAAUGAAUGCUCGAAGUCUGCAGCAGAAGUUAGAAACGGAAAGAGAAAUGAAGCAAAGGCUGCUGGAUGAGCAAACAAAGCUUCAACAGCAGAUAGAUGUUCAAAAAACGCACAUUUUCCGACUGACACAAGGUCUGCAGGAUGCCCUAGAUCAAACUGACCUCCUUAAGAAUGAGCGGAGCGAUCUAGAAUAUCAGCUAGAGAAUAUUCAGGCAAUGUACUCUCAUGAAAAAGUUAAGAUGGAAGGGACCAUAUCACAGCAAACAAAGCUGAUUGACUUUCUGCAGGCAAAAAUGGACCAACCAUCCAAGAAAAAAAAGGGCAUUUUUAGUCGACGACGAGAGGACCUAGGGUUACCCUCACAGAUCCCACUCCAGUAUAAUGAAUUGAAGCUGGCUUUAGAGAAGGAGCGUGCACGAUGCUCAGAGCUGGAGGAGGCACUGCAGAAGACAAGAAUUGAGUUGCGCUCUGUGAGGGAGGAAGCAACCCAUUUCAAAGCAGGAGACCACCCAGCUCCAUCAACACCUGCUACGGCCAGACAGCAAAUCAUCAUGUCUGCUAUUGUAAAGUCACCAGAGCACCAGCCCAAUCCAAUUAGCCUAUUAGCCCCACCUUCAAGCAGAAGAAAGGAAUCCUCAACACCUGAGGAGAGGCGGAGAGUCACGUUUGAAAAGGUGGGACGGAGGCUAAAGGAAAGAAUGCAUCAUAACAUCCCUCAUCGCUUCAAUGUUGGUCUGAACAUGCGGGCGACUAAAUGUGCAGUUUGCCUGGAUACAGUACAUUUUGGGCGACAGGCUGCUACCUGUGUUGAGUGCCAUGCAAUGUGCCAUCCAAAGUGCUCCCCCUGUCUGCCUGCUACUUGUGGCCUGCCUGCUGAAUAUGCAACACACUUCACUGAAGCUUUCUGUCGAGACAAAAUGAGUUCUCCUGCGAUGCAAAUGAAAGAUCCCUCAAACCAAGUUCGCUUGGAAGGCUGGAUGAAGCUCCCACGGAAUGGUAAACGUGGCCAGCAGGGAUGGGAGAGAAAAUACAUUGUGCUGGAAGGAUCGAAGGUGAUGAUCUAUGACAAUGAGCCAAGAGAAGAGGGAACCAGACCCAUUGACGAGUUUGACCUGUGCCUGCCUGAUGGAGAUGUGUCUGUCCAUGGUGCUGUGGGGGCAUCAGAGCUGGCCAACACUGCCAAGACAGAUAUCCCCUACAUGUUGAAACUGGAAUCUCACCCCCAUACCACGUGCUGGCCAGGACGGUCUCUUUACUUCCUUGCUCCAAGCUUCCCUGACAAACAACGCUGGUUCACAGCAUUAGAGUCUGUGGUAGCUGGGGGUCGGACUUCUCAGGAGAAGGCUGAAGCUGAUGCUGCUGCUGCCUUCUUCCAGGAGAUGCCUCUAUCUUCAUUGUUUGUCCAGAAGUUGCUUGGAAACUCCUUGCUGAAGCUGGAAGGAGAUGACCGUCUCGAUAUCAACUGCACACAGCCACUCACUGACCAGAUUGUCCUUGUUGGUUCAGAGGAAGGCCUCUAUGCCCUGAAUGUGAUCAAGUCCUCCCUAACUCAUAUCCCUGGAGUAGGAGCUGUCUUUCAGAUUCAGAUCCUGAAAGAGCAGGACAAGCUGCUAAUGAUAGUGGGUGGUGAGCGAGCACUUUGUCAGAUUGAAAUUAAGAAAGUGAAGCAGUCUAUAAGUCAGUCACACCUACCCGCACAGCCAGAAAUCGCACCCAACAUCUUUGAGACUGUUAAGGGAUGUCAUCUGUUUGCUGCCGGGAAGAUUGAGAAUGGACCAUGCAUUUGUGCAGCAAUGCCAAAUAAAGUAACCAUCCUGCGAUACAAUGAAGGCCUUAACAAGUUCUGCAUAAGGAAGGAGAUUGAGACAGCAGAGCCUUGCAGCUGCAUACAUUUGACAGGCUACAGCAUCAUCAUCGGGACAAAUAAAUUCUAUGAAAUAGAGAUGAAGCAGUAUGUUCUGGAAGAAUUUUUAGACAAGAAUGAUGCAACUCUGACAUCGGCCAUUUUUGCAGCAUCCUCUCACAGUUUCCCUAUCGCAAUCAUGCAAGUCAAUCCAAGUGGCCAGAAAGAAGAGUAUCUGCUCUGUUUCCAUGAGUUUGGGGUCUUUGUUGAUUCUUAUGGGAGAAGGAGCCGCACCGAUGACAUCAAAUGGAGUCGUUUGCCUCUGGCAUUUGCCUACAGGGAGCCAUAUCUGUUUGUGACUCACUUCAACUCCCUAGAAGUCAUUGAGAUUCAGGGACGGACAGCUCUAGGGUCUCCUGCUCAUGCUCACCUGGAGAUUCCAAGUCCACGUUACCUGGGCCCAGCAAUUUCAAACGGAGCCAUAUACCUGGCUUCUUCCUACCAGAACAAACUGAGGCUCAUCUGCUGCAAGGGAAACCUUGUGAAAGAGAGUGCCAUGGAAAAAGCCAGAGGGGGAAAUGCAUCUAGUCGCAGCAGUCCUAAUAAAAGAGGCCCGCCGUCUUACACCGAACAUAUAUCCAAACGCUUGGCUUCUGGGACCUCUCAACAGGAAGGUUUGUCCCGGGAGCCCAGCACUCCACAUCGGUACCGUGAAGGAAGGACAGAGUUUCGACGCGAUAAAUCCCCAGCUCGUCCACUAGACCGAGAAAAGUCUCCAGGAAGAAUGUUGGACAGUCGCAGAGAGAGGUCUCCUGGACGGAUGUUUGACGAGAGGGGCCGUCUUCAUACUGGCUCUGUAAGAACGCCUCUGACACCGGUUAAUAAGGUAUGGGAUCAGUCAUCUGUGUAAGGAUCGCCAGACUCCAAGAAGUAACUAGACUGCAGACUACCAGACCCCUGCCUCUCUUGGCAGAGCCUAGCAGCACUCCAUAGCACACUGAAUUUCUUGAAUUUGCUUGAACCACAAAGGCAAAAGCAGGUGGGCUGCUGUGGUGGGGUGGGGGUAUGUUUUAGGGGGCACAUAAUUCCUUAAAAUACAUUCUACAGUGCAGCAACUGUGUUUGUAUUUUAAAGGAAUUCUCAGCUGCCUUGUAUUUACUUCAAAAGCUUAAAAAACAUCCUGCAUUUGACCAAUUUGUUUACAAGAGUAGGGAAAUCUCUCUCCCUUUGAUGCGCCCUUUUCUAUUCAGACUUGAACCAGAGAAAUGUAAAUAGUUGCUAAACUUUUAUAAGAAACAAAGGGAUUUCAAGAUGACACAGCUAAGUCUAUUUUUAUGAGCAACCCUUUCUAAUCUGUAAUGUCUUGUAAUGUUUUCUGUUUGAAGGACUAUACGCAAAAUGUCUGUGCUCUGAUGAGCAGAUUGGUAUCUCCUGUGUUUUUACAAAUGUCACAAACUAUAUGCACAACACUGUAUGUAGUGAGAAUAUUGGAGCUUCUAGGCACUCCUGCAUUUGCUCUUGGCUGAUUCUUUACACUUGUCCAUUUGUAUGAUGUAUUUGUUGUUCUCUAGUAGGGUGGGGAGGUUCCCAAAACUCCUACAACCUGUGGGUAAUUGGAGAGUUCACCCUACCUGCCUACCUGUCUGGUAAAUGAAUGGCACAAGGUCGUCUGUUCAGCCUUCACUUGUAUCUCACUACAAAAUGUAAACGCUUUCUGUGAUAUUGAAGUGCAGAAAUUCUAUAUUCAGUAUUUAAUAAAUGCAUUAAAAAGGAAA